CAGUCUCUCGCACCUCCAUUUUAUCUCUCCUACUCUUCUUCUUCUUCUCCUUCUUCUUCUCUCUCUCUCUCUCUCUUCUUCUCUUUCUUCUCUCUCUCUCUCUCUCUGUGUGUUAAGGAUGGACAAAGGCGGCGGUGGAUUGAGCUUGGGGACUUCAAGUGACUCGGCUGGGUUCAAGACUGGUGGUGUGAUGGACUCGUUCCUUGGUGGAGGUCUGAAGCAGAAGAAUGGCUCGAUGGGGUCUGGACAUCACUUUCCGAUGAGUCUCGGCUUCCACGAGGAGCCGGAGGGUGGGGAGAAUAGGAGGGUAGUCGGUGAGAUGGAUUUUUUCUCAGAUGACAGAAAGGAACGAGCACGACCGGACUCGGAUCUUAGUGUGCCUAAACUUUGCGUCAAGGAAGAAGAUCUCACCAUUAAUAUGGGUUUGCACCUUCUUACGACCAACACUAGAAGCGAUCAAUCAACGGUGGAUGACGGGCUGUCACCCAAUGAGGAGGAUAAAGAGAGCAAGGGUGAGUUGGCAGCAGUGCGAGCCGAGCUAGGGCGCAUGAACCAAGAGAACCAGAGGCUCAAAGGCAUGCUAGUCCACGCGACAAACAACUAUAACUCCCUCCACAUGCAUUUCAUCACACUGAUGCAGGAGAGGAACCGAAGAAAUGGAAGCCCACAAAGCCAUGAGGUCAGUGGUGAUCAAAUGGGCGAUAAGCGAAACGAACAUGAAGACGCCAUUGCGCCAAGACAGUUCCUUGAUCUUGGACCAGUCUUAUUGGCCGACGAGGCUUCCCACUCUACAACAGAAGGUGGAAGCCGGGAUCGGUCCGCAUCACCGCCUAACAAUAUGGAAGUGAUGCCAAUCGAUGACAGCCUAAAGAAGGCCAGCAACGGCAAGGAGAUAGUCAGAAUCGAUCGCGAGAGAUCUGAUGUCAGGGAUAUAAGACCUACGUUUAGAGAGGAGUGCCCUGCUGAUCGAGGGUCUGAAGGCUGGGUCCCCAACAAAGCACCCAAAUUAUCCCCUCCAAAGAGUACUUCCGACCAGCAAGCCCAAGAAGCCAGCAUGAGGAAGGCUCGUGUGUCAGUCCGGGCACGGUCCGAAGCACCCAUGAUCACUGAUGGAUGCCAAUGGAGGAAGUAUGGACAGAAGAUGGCAAAGGGAAACCCUUGUCCCCGAGCCUACUACCGGUGCACCAUGGCCGCCGGGUGUCCGGUUCGCAAACAAGUCCAAAGGUGCGCGGAGGAUCGAUCGGUCUUGAUAACAACCUACGAAGGGAAUCACAACCACCCACUCCCCCCGGCAGCCAUGGCGAUGGCAUCAACCACUUCCGCGGCGGCAAACAUGCUCUUAUCUGGAUCCAUGUCAAGCACCGACGGGCUGAUGAACUCCAAUUUCCUUGCAAGAACUAUGCUGCCAUGCUCGUCGAGCAUGGCCACGAUAUCAGCAUCAGCUCCGUUCCCCACCGUGACCUUGGACCUCACACACCCUCCCGAUGCUAAGUUCCAGAGGCCAUCAACCCAAUUCCAGGUCCCAUUUCCAAAUGGUGCUCCUGGUCUCGGCUCGACACCACAUACUUCUUUGCCACAGGUCUUCGGGCAGACGCUCUUCAACCAGUCGAAAUUCUCAGGGUCUCAGAUGUCGGCCGCCAGCGACGGCGACCAAUUUUCACAUCCAAAGCCACAAUCCUUGCAGCCGUCGUCUCUGGCUGAUACGGUGAGCGCUGCAACGGCAGCCAUCACGGCGGAUCCCAACUUCACUGCUGCACUCGCAGCUGCCAUCACCUCCAUAAUUGGUGGCGGCGGCGGCGGCGGCAGUGGCAGCGGGGCUGCCCAAACAAGCAGCAACAACAACAACACUAGCGAUAACAAGACGGGCGAUAAAUGAAUUAUAUUCCAUUGCCCAUGUUUUUCUUUUUUUUCUGAGAGUUUCUUUUGGUCCUAAUUCCUUUGAUCCAUAGAAAAUGGAAAAUGAAAUUAUAUA